AUUAGAAAAUAAUGCUCAAACUACUGGUAACAUUAUCUGUAUUACUGGCCAGUUUAGGCUACAUAAGCUGCAAGUGUGAUAUGCUUAAAGAAUUUAAGCCAGAAUUUGAUCAACUAUCCGGUUGGGCUAAAAGUCGAUGCGAUAAAAACCCAUCACUAUCUCAGGCGGAUAUGGAUAAAGCAAAAGGUUGUUAUAAUAAAUGUCUUAAGCCGUCGAUGACCAGUAAGGAUGCCCAAGUAGUCGACGGUUUUCUAGCUAAACGUGUGUUUGUUAAGGAAACAUUGGACGUGUGCUCUAAUAAGGCUACACAGGAUAGGGUUAAAAAUCAAGGCAUGAGUGAAGUAGGCGUAUCCAGGGGUAUGAAAUUGAAAAAGGAGGUCGAAUCUGACUGUCCAAAAUUCAAAGGUGCCUUCCAGUCAUUCAGUUCAUGUGUAAAAGCUUAACACUAAUAAAAAAAGCACCAUGUUCAUUGGAUUAGUUUAUAUAAAUAAAUAUAUAUAGUUAAGUUUUAUUAUUAUUAUUAUUAUUAUCAAAUUA